CAUAAUCGUACUCCGCACCGAGAUUACUUACUAAUAACAGAACAGAGUAGCAAAACGGAAAUGCAAAUACGUUCCGUCGUCAGACACCGUGAAAGUAGCCAAUCAGCGUUAUUGCGAUGAUAUUCCGUAUCGGGCCAUAGAUUUGCUCUCACUCUCAGUAAAUUCUCUUACUGAGAGAGAACUGCCAUUCCUAAUUAAACUCGAUUUGAAGCUUUUCUGGGCGAACCCUAGGAGAAAUGGGUGGGCUGGCAAAGAAGAGGAAGGAGAAAGAGCAGCUCUUUGCCAAAGGAUCCCUCAUCGAGGUCAGAACGAACGAAGAAGGCUUCUCCGGAGCUUGGUUCGAGGCCGUCGUCGUCAAUCCAGAUCCUUCUGAUUCGGCUACAAAAUCCGCCUACAAGAAGAAGAAGAAGGCCGCGGAGAUCUACGUGCAGUACGACACCUUACUCGCAGACGAUGGUCAUAGUCUUCUAAAAGAGUUCGUGCCCCAGGAAUACAUCCGGCCCCGCCCUCCUCCUCAAACCGUUGAGGGUUUCAAGCUCAACGACACGGUUGAGGCGUGUUAUAAGGAUGGGUGGUGGACUGGUGUUGUGACUAAAGUUCUACCUUCUAGCCGCUACACCGUCACCUUUGACAACCCGCCGGACGAGCUUGAAUUCGGCCUGUCUGACCUGAGAUUUCACCGUCGGUGGCUUAACGGGAAGUGGACCCAGCCCAAAAAGAAAAAAGCAGGAUUGACAUAUAGUGUGGGGGGAAUGGUAGAAGUCUCAUUUGACGGGGUUGAGUGUAAGGAUGCUUGGUUCCCUUCAAAAAUCGUUAAAAGUCGUGGUGAUGGCUCUUUCUUGGUGAAGACCCCAAGGCCAAAUGGUGAAAGUGAAAAAGAGCUAACUAGACUAGCUUUUGAUGAUGGCAUUCAUAUCCGACCAUGCCCUCCACUCCACAUCAAACAAAAUCAUAAAAGUUAUGGUUUGCUUGACAAAGUAGAUGCAUUUUAUGAUUUCGGAUGGUGGCUUGGAGUGGUGAGCAAAAUACUUCUCGACGAUGAGUAUGUUGUUGUCUUUCAACAUGCAAAAAAGGAGAGGGUGCUCAAUCACUCCGAUCUGAGACCUCACAUGAUUUGGAAAGAUAGAAAAUGGUAUACUUCUCAGGGUGAACUGGUCUCUUCAUAUUGCAACAUUGAGGAAGGGGACAACUGCAAUGAUCUGGAUAUGAUCCAAAGUGAUAUUCCGUCCAAUAACCAAUGUACUCCUACAAACGGAACAACUGGAGAGGGAAUGACCAGCUCCUUAGUUUCUGAUGGGGAGAAGAGUCAGCAGCUAACUGUUUGGAACGCUUCAAGUUCUAGAGUCUCAGUGACGGUAAAGAAGCAGCGUUUAGAUCUGUCAACAGGAGGUUCAACUCCAUUACCAUCCUAUGACACAUCUAAGAAAAAGGAAAGUGAAUGUGAAACUCCAGCUAAGGAAAUACCAUGUAGCUUUUCCAGCCCAGAUCAAUCUUCUAUGGGGAAUACAGCUGUAAGUAUAUUUGCUGGAAGCAUAUUUUCUUCUAACACAGAGAAAGUGAGGGAGGCGGGGGAGGUUCUACAACCAAUAAUAAUAAUAAUUAUAGUAAUAAUAAUUAUUACUAUUAGUAUUAUUACUAUUACUAUAUUGCGGGUAAUAUAGUAAUAGUAAUACUUCUAUUAGUAAUAAUAAUUAAUAUUACUAUUAUUAUUGGGGUUUUCCUAAAGUAUUAGUAAAAUUGAACAUCAACACUGUCACUUAAGUUGCUACAAAACACGACUGUAGUAACUGUGUUGUAAAAGUCGCAUUUUUGUCCACCCUAAGAACACAUAAAAUCUCAAAACAAUCAGGCCCCAUAAAAUCUGAAAACAAUUAGGGCUCAAAAGUUUAGUAAUAACAGUUACACUCCGCUGUAACUGUCACACCCUGCUUCCUUGCAAUAAUGUGUUCUAAAAUAUGCUAGAAUUAAUCCAAGAGUUUUUUCAAAGAGGUUUUUACUUGGAUAUUACUAAUUUUAAAUCAAUUAGCCAAAAAGUGACCACUUUUAGAAAGGGGCAAAAAAGUGAUCAAGAAGGUCAUAUAUGUGCAAUUAGAAACAUGAUGUAACUGCAAAAAAUUUAUGUCACUGCGUGUUCGUUUUUUUUGUAACUACAGCCACCACUCAUGUCACUACAACCACCGCCCGUGUCACUGUAGCCACCGCCCAUGUCACUACAACCACCGCCCGUGUCACUGUAGCCACCGCCCAUGUCACCGUAGCCACCGCCCGUGUCACCGUAGCCACCACCCGUGUCACCGUAGCCACCGCCCGUGUCACUUUAGCCACCGCCCGUGUCACUUUAGCCACCGCCCGUGUCACUUUAGCCACCGCCCGUGUCACUUUAGCCACCACUCGUGUCACUGUAGCCACAGUGACUGCCCGCCCCGCCCGCCCGUCACAGUGACUGCCCAUCCACCGGACACAGUCACUGCACCGCCAGAGCACCACCGGUGCUGCCAGCCUGCCUGCACCGCCAGAGGCCCAGAGCACCACCGCUGCGAAUGUUUUUGAAAAACGAGCCUUUAGAUCUAUCAUCACUAGUGUUUUUCCACCAUAUUUUUAUAAUUGAAAUAGCAACGCUUUAAUCCAGAAAAUCAUUCAAAAUCCUAUGAAACGAUACGAUGAGCAAAUAACAAGGAAGAGAUGGACAUAGGCCACAUUAUCAUCGACGUCCAUAGCCGCCAUCUCCAUGGAUCUAAAUCCGGACCUAUCAUUGACCACAAUCCCGGCCGCCACUCCCCGACCGUCGAACCACUUUCUUCGCCGGACAGAAAAAUAAUAAAUAGAAGCGGGGUAGGGCGACCGCGACGCUGUGUUAUCGGCAAACGGAAAAAACGACGGUAACAGAGACAACCAAGGAAGAGGAGGAGGUGACGGCGACAGAAGGGGACCUGAGGUGGCGGCGAUGUGCUGCUUGGUGGAGGAGUUUGCUGAUGUGCUCUUCGUAUCUGCUCUCUAAAGUCAGGAUCCUGUUGAGGCUUCGUCGUUGAGGAUGAGUUGAUAGAAGGAGAGGAAUAGCUCUGAAGUUAAUGAGCAGGGAUCAGUAUCAGGUCCACAUCGAAAGAAAGGGAGGCCAUCAAAAUAUAAAGCAAAACGCCCACAACCUAUAGCUCAAGAAGGUACACCAAACAGAAAGAGAGGAAGGCCACCAAAGGCACUUGUUGAAACUCCUGACUUACAAAUAGAAUAUCAAGUUCCAGCCGCUAUUGAGACUCGUGGAGAGGAAAAUGUUGGAUCUGUCGGUAUGGAGAAAAUAGGUCAUGAAGAUUCUAGCAAUGUCUCUGAUGAUCAGCCUCUCUCAACGUGGGUUGGUAAAGUGCACACCGUAACUGAUGUGGAUGGAUCAACAAGUAAUGGAGAGCGAGGCACAGAAUCAGGUGAGAAGUCUGCCGAGCAAAAUCCAAAUGGUAAAGUGACAACUGCAAGUGAGCUCCACCAAAGCCUACCUUUUGUGAAGAAAGACACACGUCUAUGGAACAUAAUAGAAUCCAGAGAGGCUUUCCAGAAAAUUCCACAGAAUCCGCAUUUUCGGCCACUAGAACAUGUUGAAGACUUUCGCCGUGAAGCUCAGGCUUUCUUCUACAUGGGAACUUUCACUGAUAUAGUAGAUAAGGCUUGCAAAUUGGAGGUUGAUGGUCCGAGAAGCACCAUUGAUGGAAUGCUGGCCACACUUGUUGAAUUGGAGUCGCAUGGGUUUAAUGUUGCGCCGAUACGUGGUCGUUUGAAUGAGGUCCUGUCAUAUAAAGACAAACUGGAAAGUCUUCAAGCCUUGUCAAAGGAAUCCUGCGAUGAAAUGGAGAAGCUCAAAAUGGACAAAGAAGAGCUCAUGAAGCAAAAAGCUGAGUUGGAAAAAGGCCUUUCCCAGGUGGUGUCCAGGAUAGAGUCCAAGGAUAAUGACAUUGCUUCUGCACAGUCCAGGAUGGAUGAGACCAGCGAGAAAACAAGACACUUGCGCCAGGAUUUGGAUGCUUUAACUCGCAAACCAUUUUGAAAAGUACUACUGCACUACCAAACUUGUUGGUAGUGCGCAGAGUUGUGUUUAUGCUAUGGAUUGUUCACCCCCCGUUAAACAAGUAGAUGAUAUCGAACUCUGCAAUUAUGAAUUGCUUUCAUGAUCCAAGCGGGUCUUUCUGACUGAUUUUGGAACCAAGAUCUCUCUAGAUUAAUGUAACAAUUAGGAGUAGUUUUAAGUAGAUUAUUGGGGGUGAAACAUCAUUUGGGAUUUCAUCUUUAAGAGAGAUUAGCUUUUUCUUAAUUCCUCCUUUUCUUUGGUCUCAUUGAUUUAAAUUUAGUAUGUGUUCUUGGAUUCCACGUGGUUGGUGUUUAUAAUAUCAUGCUUCGCUUAGAUGUUAGUGUACGUGUCUUGAACAUUGCAAAUUUUUUAUUUUUGGC